AAAUUAAACAGAGCGAGAUAAAUAUACAAAGUGUAAGGUAAUACGUAUAAAUGUACCAGUUAUCAUUUAUCUUAUCAUAGUUUCAGUAAUCUCUAGCCAGUGUUGGUACAGAAACAAUUUUAUCGACUGACAAGAGUUUGUUUGUGAGUGCGUUAAUAAAACUGUGUAUCAAUAUUUUACUAGAAAUCGACAAUUUUGGCAAAUGUUAUAAUGCAAUCGAGUAGUGGAUCUAAGAACGAGACUAGCGUUUACAAUGGUACGGAUACCUUCCAACAACCACCGACCGCUCCACCACCAUAUCCUGGGCUUCCGAACCCCGAACCACCGAACCCGGGGCCACCAAACCCAGGACCACCGUACCCUGGGACACAGCACCCGGGGCCUUAUUACCCUGGUACACAGUAUCCAGGCUCACAAUACCCUGGACCACAGUACCACGGGCAACCGCAGUCAGAACCAACACCAUACCCUCGUGUGGUACAAGGACCAAAUGUGGUACAUGUACAGCCUGUGAUACCGACUGUGGUGGUAGGACAUCGGAUGGGUCCCAAUUCGACGGCCUUCGUGUGUAAAUCCUGCAACCAUCAGAUUGUCACUCGCGUGGAACGUAAUGCUUCGCUAAGAACUCACUUGGUGGCGCUGUUUUUGUGUUUUGUCGGAUGUUGGCCGUUUGCUUGUUUGCCGUAUUGCAUUGAUUCCUGUAACAAUGCCGAUCACUAUUGUACGAACUGUGGCGCAUAUAUUGGAUCAUACACAGGCUGAAAGAUGACCAAUUCAAAAACCAUAUUAUGGAACUUACAAUAAUUUAAAAUAACAAAUAUGUGUUUGAUGUAUUUUAAAUUAAAAUAAAUACACAUUUGUCGCAGUUAAUAAUUGCAGAAAUGUGUAUAAUAUAUAAUUAAAAUAUUCGAAUUAAAUACGUAAAAUUUCAAUUGAUUCAACAAAUAU